AUGGGAAACGAAGGGCAGCACCACCAGCAACCCGGAUGUAUUUUUCAUUUACCUUCCGAAAAAAUAUAUGUAGAAUUGAAAACAGCAAAUAGUUCCUGUGGGGAAACGUCUUCCAAGACAACAGUAAAGAAAGAAUUCCCGCGAGGAUUAGAUGGGUUUCAGUUAACUCAAGAUAGUACGGAUCAAAUUGUGGGAGCCUCGUGUUACAUUCAUAAAGUGAAAAAAAUCACUUCAUCUGAUGAGAAGUACUGCUACGCGUUGUACUACUUGGUGGGAAGUAUAUUCCCCACGGAACCGCAAUUUUCUGAGCAUUUUGCACAAUUUAUGCAAGGCAUGUAUGAAAAAUUUGGUAGCCUUAAAAUUGGACACAUAUGCACAGAUGUGUAUCCUGGCAUCAGCGAAAACAUUUUCAAGAACAUGAAAUCAGUAUUUGACUACACUCAGGACCACUCCACUAUAAAAAAAUAUGUACGAGGUUUCUCGUCUCCAGGGUUGCCAUGUGCUGAAAAAUAUGCUAAUUACUUGGAUGAAGUCCUUUCAGCCUAUGAUUAUAUGUAUUUGAAAUGUAGAAGUGGAAAUGCAGAAAAUAGUAAAAGCUGGUGUCAAGAAUUCAAUAAAAUAGUUGCUACACGCAGUCAUGAUGAACUAUUACAAUUAAAGUGUUUAUUAAAACAUACAGAUGAAUGUCCCACUUUACCUGGAAUUAUGAACAACAUUUCUUAUGGAAUGUUAACCACCGCAUCAUUAUUAAUCACCUUCUUCUUCUACAAGUAUAUACUACUGCAACAUCACCAUCUACCAACGGAAGAAGAACAAAUAAUAGAAAAGGACAUCAACGAAGACAACAACAACAACAAAGACAAAGAAGGACGAAUAUUAGUUAUCAAAACAUGUAACAUCUUGAUGCUAAAAUGGAAUGUAGAACACUGA